UUCCGAGAGUCGCGUUGGCGUUUUCUAAAUACAAGACAGACAUUUCGAUGAAGGCAGUUAAAGAAAAAAGCUGUUGUGAAUUUAACAGAAUCUGCAUGUCACUGUAGAGAGAGACAUAGACUCACGGAUUGGACAUGCCCAGGUCCUUCUAUCAUGGACACAGAGAUGAUACCAAAAUUCACUUCAAAAGACGAUGAGAUCGACUAUUGGAAGACCUUGUCGCUCAAGUAUAAGAACAGCUACCAUGAAGCCCAAGAAGAGCUAGUGGAGUUUCAGGAGGGUAGCAGGGAGCUGGAGGCAGAGUUGGAGGCCCAGUUAGGACAGGCUGAACACCGUCUCAGAGACCUGCACACAGAGAACCAAAGACUGAAGAGCGAGAUGGACAACCUCAAGGAGAAGUUGGAGCAGCAGUACGCUCAGAGCUAUAAGCAGAUCUCCAUGCUGGAGGACGAGCUGGCACAGACCCGGGGAAUCAAGGAGCAGCUUCAUAAAUACGUCAGAGAGCUGGAGCAGGCCAACGACGACCUGGAGAGGGCCAAGAGGGCGACCAUCGUGUCCCUGGAGGACUUUGAGGGCCGUCUGAACCAGGCCAUAGAGAGGAAUGCUUUCCUGGAGAGUGAGCUGGAUGAGAAAGAGUCCCUACUGGUGUCGGUGCAGAGGUUGAAGGACGAAGCCAGAGACCUGCGACAGGAGCUGGCGGUGAGAGAGAGGACGACAGACAGGAUAUCCGCCCCCAGCUCGCCCACCCUGGACAUGGACAAGAUGGAUUCGGCCGUCCCGGCCUCCAUGUCCCUGCCGGCCACCCCCACCGGGAAGGUCAUCGAACACCCCUUCCUCAACCCCAAACCCUCAGUGUUAACUAAUGGUUGUGGGCCUGGAGGCUCACCUCUGACCCCAUCGGCAAGAAUAUCUGCUCUCAAUAUCGUUGGGGACCUUCUCAGAAAAGUUGGGGCGCUGGAGUCCAAGCUAGCGGCGUGCAGGAACUUCGCCAAGGAACAGGCGGCGAGGAAAACCUACGCGGCGACGUCCGGGAACAUGAUCACCGGGAACGGGAACCUGGUGAACAGCCACGCCGCCAAGUUCCCUCACCCGCUACACCCCACCUACUACGACAAAACAGCUGUGAAUGGACUGGAUUCCAGCACCAUGACGGCCUUGGCGUCCUCCAGGACAGUCUCCCCUCCUGGCAUGCUGCCUCUGGCCGUUUAGAGAGAUCCCACCUCUCGACGGACCCGAGCACCUCAGCCCCAUGACCUCUGUACAAGCCCCCCUCCCGCAGAACAAUGGUACCCUGCACAACGACCUCGCCCUUUCUUUCCCUGACCACAGCCGCACCUCCUCGGCCCUUCUGGACAUCCCUGCAAACUAAUGGGAAGAGGAAACGCUUGUAGAGCCCAUACUGACUGUCUGUUAUUUCGUUUACGUCUGUCCGUUAGCUCAAAAGUGUCUGUCGGCCGUCUGCGUGUCUGUCGGCCGUCUGCGUGUCUGUCGGCCGUCUGCGUGUCUGUCGGCCGUCUGCGUGUCUGUCGGCCGUCUGCGUGUCUGUCGGCCGUCUGCGUGUCUGUCGGCCGUCUGCGUGUCUGUCGGCCGUCUGCGUGUCUGUCGGCCGUCUGCGUGUCUGUCGGCCGUCUGCGUGUCUGUCGGCCGUCUGCGUGUCUGUCGGCCGUCUGCGUGUCUGUCGGCCGUCUGCGUGUCUGUCGGCCGUCUGCGUGUCUGUCGGCCGUCUGCGUGUCUGUCGGCCGUCUGCGUGUCUGUCGGCCGUCUGCGUGUCUGUCGGCCGUCUGCGUGUCGGGCGGCCGCCUGCGUGUCGGGCGGCCGCCUGCGUGUCGGUCGGCCGCCUGCGUGUCGGUCGGCCGCCUGCGUGUCGGUCGGCCGCCUGCGUGUCGGUCGGCCGCCUGCGUGUCGGUCGGCCGCCUGCGUGUCUGUCCAUGUAUGUCUGUGUUCCACUUGACUGAAUGACUGAAAAUGCCUCACUCCUUCACCCAUGAGUAGGGAGGGAAUCUGUGUGUGUAUCCUAACACGCUCAGGUUUAUGCAUCUGAUUAAGUUGGUGUGUAUUCAACAGGAAGCAAACGAGCAGCGGCUCCACUGAAUUUGUCCAGUAGGUAUUCUGGUUUAGUUGCAGAACCACUUCUGUUGGAAAUGAAGGGCUUCCGUUGGACGUGCUUUGCAACUGUUUGUUACCACCAGGAUAAUACACAAACUUCUUGCUCCGGCACAUGAUGUGUUGCUAUUGUGACCUUUGACCUCUAUGCUCUAACAUGGUUCCAUUCCGGCUCCAUCGGUUUUGCCGUUUGACUCUGUAACAGUUAUAAAACAGAAACUGUACCUGACAAAGGCCCUCAACGGACCGCAGCUUCCUUCCUCUUAAACGUUUCUGAAUAAUUUGCACAAUGUCACCGUCAGUUCUCCUUUUAAACAUGUUGUAUUUAAACUGAAAUGGGUUCCUCAUCACUGUGUUCUUCAAUGUCCAGCAUUUCCUGUCUGCUUGUUUGUUGGCUAGCUCGGGUGUGUGUCUUGUACGGGGGUUUUUAAAAGCCCCCCCCCCCCCCCCCACCACCACCACCACAUCUAUAAGAAUGACUGACGUGAAUGUUUACUGUGCCCAGGCUGUGAGCUUUAGUGUCUUAUCCGGCUGCCUCUCAAUACUCCCAGGUAGCUCUGUUUCCGUCAAACUAGUUAGAAAAAAAGAAUAUGGUAAAGCUGUCGUCGGGGCCGCAGAUCGCCUGGGGUUUAGAGCGAGAGGCUGCCUGUAAUUUCGUCACCAAGCAAGGUGGUCAACUCCAAGUGCUCCCGGGGUGUACCAUGUGGCAGCCCCUCUCCCCGACCCAUCUACUAAUUGGAGGGGUUGGUUGUUUUAAGCAGCUGGGUCUGUAGCCGGAGUUGACAGAAGGACACCAGUAGGGGUCCGUGGCUUAAGGACACACGUUAAAACGCCCGGAAACACCAUCUGUUUUCCCUCCCGCCGUCCUCAGAGUUUCCCGCACGGACCACAAGGUCCUAAUUCCACCCAGUUCCCUUGGUGGUGCGCUUCUUCGGGCUUCUUCAGUGACAUUGGCUAACUCAUUCCGCUACAGUGGACCCAUCAGACGUCUUCACCAUGAAGUCAAAUGGAUCGCCGUUGGUGUUCAAGGAAAGGCUGUCGCUCAUUUCAAAUGUGGUUUCUGUGUUAUGUGAAAUGCAUCACCUUCCCCCCCGUUCUGAUAAUGAACUGGUAUUAGACACAAAAGUCGAAGUCUGUGGUCUGCAGAACUUCAGAGAAGGUUUACCUGUUCACAUUGGUGUGCUGUACUGAGGAUCUGUUAGGGGCUGAAUGUAGUUGUAUCCUACAGCCGCCCGCAGACAUUCGCUGAAAUUUGCUGUUUUUUCCAGAACUCCCGGAAAUAUGCAUGAAAACCAGCUGUUGUAUUUCUGGGGGGGAAAACACUGGAUUUUGGGAAAUCUGACCAAAUUUUGCAGCCCUAAUUGAACUCUGCAUGGUGAUACUUUUUUUGUGGCCAUGUCAUAAUGACGGUUGUGUUCACCUUAGGGGCAACGUUCAGUCUAGUUUUGACAAGACUGUAAAAAGCUUGGGUACCCGUCGGUGAAUAUUUAGAUGUGGCAUAUUGUUGGAGUUAGCAGACGCUCCCAUGCAGAGUGACUUCCAGAUGGAGUUCAGUAUAUGUUUCCUGUUCAAAGGUACAUUGGACUUUCACUCUGUCCUAUCUUUAUCCAGUCUUUCACCUUUCAGUUGUGCCCAGGUCAUUGUUAUUUUUAGUCAUGCUUUCCUGGUAAAAUAACAGUAAAAAUGACUGUCCCUGCUGUGUAACUAGUAGGCCUUAUGUUCCGAAUAUUUGACCGUACAUACAAGAAGGAACGCUAUUGGAAACUGACUGGUACCCAGGCCAACCGAUGCUCAUCUUUGACUGUAAAUUGUUAUGGGUGAUCAUUUUGUCCCUUUGGUGCUUGACCUUGUCAUUGUUUGUAAUUGCUUGUGAACCUCAUCUCGGAUUGAUGUGCCUCACGGUGCUCAUUUGGAUUUGAUAUUCAGUGUUUGUUUUGUUCAUUUUUAAUCUCCAUACUGUAUUCUCCUUUGUCUGUUUUCAUCUGGGUGAAACAACACUCUUAUCACCGAUAGAAGUUUCAACUGGGGUUGGAAGUUCCAUUUUAUUUUCAACUUAUAGGUAGUAAACGUAAAUUCCAAUGCCUUUCUGGUAGUAAAAACCUGAAUUGGAAUUUCAUUACUUCCUGUAUGAUUUGAAGUGAAUUGACUCCUUUCCUAGUUAAGCCCUACAGUUCUGUUUCUUGGCCCUUGAUUAAGCUUAUCAACUCCUGGACUGAAAAAUAACUUUCUCCAUCGAUUGUGUUUUUAGUCCAGUUGUAGGUUUUAUCCUGUGUCUGAGAAACUGGCCCGAUAUCCGCAGUUCUUCAACAGUCUGGAACUUUCCUUUGAAGCACUUAAUCCCCCCAUGUCAUUUUACCCUCUUUACUUGACAGUAUAUCAGCCGGUUGCUAUGUCCCCGUGUAUAUAGGUUUGUAAUCAAGCAUUGUAACUUUGCCUAACAACACAUUUGUGUAUACUGUUUCGUUUGGCAUUAUUAAAGCUCUAUUUAUUUCAGAUUUCUUCACGGCACGUGUUUACAAUGAAGAGCCUGAGUUUUACUGUUGUACAUCAGAUCGCAGCGUGACGAUGUCGAAUUGGUUGUCCAAACUGUUUGAAUUAAUACAGCGAAAUAAAGAGAUUGGAAAAUGA